GACCAGCACUAGCUGUCCAAGCUCCAGCUUUUCUUCCCCAACCAGUAAACGACAGCAGCGAAAGUAACGAGGCGCCGAGCCUGUUGGAUGGCAUCGUGUGGAUGGCGGCGCCGAAGAAGCGGCGCACCAUUGAAGUGAACCGCUGCAGGAGAAGAAAUCCCAACAAGCUUAUAAAAGUCAAGACGAACAUAGAUGUUUGUCCAGAGUGUGGAAACCUGAAACAGAAACACGUGCUUUGUGGCUAUUGUUACGCAAAGGUCAAAGCAGAAACUCGACUGAUACGGCUGGAAAUGCAGAAAAAAGAAGGAGGGCCCUUUAAUGCUCCAGCUGUAGAAACCGUCGUCCUUUAUGAGGGAGAAAAACCCCCGGGAAAAGAUGAGGGGAAACGGAUCAUUGAAAGAGCCAGGAAACGUCCCUCUUGGUUUGUUCAGAAUUGA